UACCUGGACCAAUAUGAUUUCGCCUUAAACCUUAAAACACGUUCCCAUUUUCCAUCGUACAUCGUCUUUUUCCGCUGCCUGCCAGAAGAGCACAACUAUGCAUGCUUUGAUCAAUGUAAAAGUCCGGCGGUGAAGAAACGAAAAGUUGCUGACAUAAUGUUCGGCGAUAAUCUUCACGACCCUGCAUUUCAGGGGGAGUCCUCUAGGGGGUCCACGGAUAAAAGCCACCGUCGCGGACGAACGAUGUCUAGGCUUUCAAGUUUUGACAAUCGCUCCUCGUCUUUUCCACCACCAACAAAUCCUCCUAGCACGUAUAUAACAGCAUCACCGAGAUUAGCUAGGAGGUUUAGUAGAUACCUUCUGGUUUUCGUGGCUGCGAUUACGGUCAUCUCCUAUUGGCACCCUAUCCCCAGUUUUAAUACGCCCCAAGGGUGUGGGUUUCCACUUGGUUACCUACCGGAGUCACGGUCUGCAGAAUUGAGAGACACACUCGCUGGAUAUAAGCAUCGGGGAAAAGCGUGUAAUGUCUCUUCCUUGGACCUUCACGUGCCUUUCGGACAUGUCUGCGUGGACAAGAACUCGAUGCUAACGGCUAUGUCCACCGGCGGUCGGAUUGGGAAGGAUGCACCAUACGUACCUCGUGGAUGUGACAUGCAGUGGUUCGACACAUGGGACGUGUGUAGGAUACUAAGCAAAUAUUCCCAAGUCAUUCUUGUGGGCGACUCUAUGCUUAGACACGUUAUCGGAGCGUUGAACAUCCUGGUUCGUGAGGAUUUGGGAUAUGGUGGAGUCACUGACUGGAACUUCAACGAACAAGAAAAACGCAAGUGCUUCUGUAACAACCAGUUCGACGUUCGUGAUUGUUCAGUUCAGGGUAUUUUUAGUACGGCGGACGUUAUAGAACAUGACCCACUGAGUUUCAUAUGCCCGAAAGUGAUCCCAGAGUGGGCUACGGAGUUGCGGAUUGAGCAGAUAGUUCGGUACCCUAUACCGGAGGAUGAGCGCCGCCGGCUUGAGAAGGCAAUCGAUCCCAAUCCUUCCCAGCAGAAGGCCUUUAUCCUUGGGCACGGACUCUGGAACAAUCUCGAGGUAGACCAGGCUGUAAAUUGGCUGGACACGGUGCUAGACACGAUCGAUUCUAAGACGGGAGCGCGUACGCGACUACGAGGACGCAGCCCUAGAAAAAACUUGCCGAUCCUUCUGAUGACACCCAACGCAGCGGGAGACAAGAAGCCGGAUGAGUGGAUCGUCAGCCAGGGUAAUAAAGCCCUGGUCCAGUUCGAGCACGCGAUGGCGGUCCAGGCGGCCAAGAGGAGAGUUGACCAUCUGGGGACGUGGAACAUGAGCAUUCAAGCGACCAUGUACGACGGAGUGCAUAUGGACAUGCGUGGGAACCUGUUAAAAGCUAUGAUGGUGUUGAACUGGCUCAACCUAUUAGAGGCGUGAGGAGGAGCCGUGCCAUAGAUCUCCAUCUAUGGUUCGUGUCCCCCACCUAAUCGGCAAGGGAUCGAAUAGAUAUAUCGAACGACUAGACCCUU